CGAGAUACUGAUUGACGGAUAUCCGAUGAAAGAACUGAACGUUAAGUAUUUGAGGGAAAAGAUUGGAUACGUCGGACAGGAGCCAAGAUUAUUCCGUAUGGAUGUUAGUUCGAAUAUAAAAUACGGGUGCCCUCGAGAAGUUAGUGAGCAGGAAGUGGAGUGGGCAGCCAAACAGGCCUUUGCUCAUGAUUUCAUUUCGGCCCUACCUAAUGGCUACCAAACACUAGUGGACGAUGAUUUGCUUAGUGGGGGGCAGAAGCAACGAAUUGCUAUUGCCAGAGCUGUUCUUCGAGACCCGAGCAUUUUGAUCCUUGAUGAAGCUACUAGCGCUCUUGAUGCCGAGAGCGAACACAAUGUUAAGGGUGUUCUUCGUGCUGUGGAAAGUGACCAAGAAACCAAGAGGACGGUUUUCGUAAUCGCGCAUAGGCUUUCGACCAUCCAAACUGCGGACCGAAUAAUCGUAAUGGAUGGUGGUAGAAUUAUCGAGAUGGGAAGCCACACAGAUCUUGUAAAAAACGACGGCUUAUAUGCUCGAUUAAUCAGAAGGCAGGCAGAUGCAGUUGCCUGAAUACUAUAGCCACCUUUUCAUUACUAAAAAAAAAAAGACAAAUAUACCCCUCAUAUACGCCCCCCUAAACCAAUAGAAACAGAGAAUAACGGAACUUCUUUUUCAAGAAAUGGAAAUCGAAAUUCUCGACAUUAUUUUACGAUGGCUCGAGAUGUGAAAAGACAAAUGUAUAUUUUUGUGUCUUCUUUCUUUUCUACGUAUUUCCAUUUUUCAUUUAUACGUAAUGCGAUUGAGUUAUCGAAGAGCGUACAUUGUGUAAUAUAAAAAUUGUAAUCUGAGCAUUUGUAAAUGUUUUAUUGCAGAAAGUGAAAGAAGAACUAGUUUAAUGCCUUUUGCAGGAAUAUUGAUUGUGGUAUAUAUUUCAUAAUAAUACAUUUGUUGGU